UGAGGUGUAUUUAUACAGAGCGAGGGCUUGCCUUACGCAAACAAAUGCUUGAAGAACUCAAGGAGAAGGAACGGGAAACUAUGAGAAGGAAUAGGUUAGCACUACAAAAAGUUAAGUCUCAAGGUGAAAUUGAUCCUAUGGAUGUUCCCAACCCGCCUGAAACUCCGGGUGAUGUGGCUUUCAGUCCUAAAGAAGCUCUUUAUAUGAACAAGUUUGGGGACACAUUGAAUUCUAAUGGUGAAUUAAAAGAGAGCUCUGUUAAAAAGUCUCUUGGGCUCCCCGAAGGAAGCCUUAAAGGAACUUUUAGCACAGCUACUCUAAAUCCGAGACUGAACGACCCUUAUUUUAGCUCUUCUCUAAAGAAGUCAUUUGGUAGCAAAUACUUUAAACUGAAUCAGAAGAACAUGAUGGAAGGAAGAAGCCAGCAAGCCUUAAAGCGUUUUGAAGAGUAUGAAAAGAAGAGGAAAAAGAUUAUGAAAAGGAUUAAGAAUUAUUUAAACCGAAAAGACGAGGACCUCAAACCAGAUGGGCCAAACGACCCUGAUCGUUUCCUCAAAAACUCUAACGAGAAAGUAAAAGAUGCAUUCAGAGAGACCAGGUAUAACGAGAGAAGGUUGGAAAGACUCAUGAAAUGGAGAGAUAAAAGAUAUAAUAAGUUCCAUAGUCAGGUUAGGAGCUAUGAUACUACUAGUAAGAGACUCUUCUUUGAUGAACGUGAAUAA